AAGAAGAUAUUUAUGAUUUCCUCCCGGAGUAUUUGUACAGAACAAAGGAGGAAGAGAAUGAAACUGGCACAUCGUACAUGAAAGAAGAAGCCAUGGGCGUGAAAAGAGAAACAGAGUAUUCUUUAAUGGAAUGCAAUGGAGACAUGGCCCUAAUAGAUGAACACCAGACAGCUUCUACUAGCACAGACCAUCAACAGUGUGCCACAUCUGAAAAGAGGUUCGAAGCAGAACAGCACCAGAGAACCCAUGCACCAGGAACCCCAUUCAAAUGUGCCACAUGUGGGAAAGGAUUUACACAUAAGGGUCAUCUCAACACGCAUCAGAGAACCCAUACUGGAGAAAGGCCUUACCAGUGUGAUAUGUGUGGAAAAGGAUUCAGAGAGAGAGGCAAACUCAUGAGACAUCAGAGAACCCAUACUGGAGAAAGGCCUUACCAGUGUGCUUUGUGUGGAAAAGGCUUUACAGAGAAAGGCAGCCUCAUUUCCCAUCAGAGGAUCCAUACUGGAGAACGGCCAUACCAGUGUGCUACGUGUGGAAAAGACUUUAAAGAGAAAGGUCACCUCAUGGAACACCAGAGAAUCCAUACUGGAGAAAGGCCAUAUCCAUGUGCUACAUGUGGGAAAGGCUUUACAACUAUAAGUGCUCUCACCAUCCAUCAGAGAACCCAUACUGGAGAUAAACCAUAUCAAUGUUCAACAUGCGGAGCAGCCUUUUCACAACUCACCUCUUUGGCUUAUCACCAGAAAACCCACACUGGAGAAAGGCCUUACCAGUGUACUACAUGUGGAAAAGGCUUUAAACAGAAAUGUGACCUUAUUACCCAUCAGAGAAUCCAUACUGGAGAAAGGCCUUACCAGUGUUCUACAUGUGGAAAAGGCUUCACACAGAACUGUGAUCUUAUUUCUCAUCAGAGGAUCCAUACUGGAGAAAGGCCUUACCAGUGUGCUAUGUGUGGAAAAGGAUUCAUGAGAAAAUGUAGUCUCAACAAGCAUCAGAGAACCCAUACUGGAGAAAGGCCUUUCCAGUGUGCUACAUGUGGAAAAGGCUUCAUACAGAACAGUAGUCUCAUUUCCCAUCAGAGGAUCCAUACUGGAGAACGACCAUACCAGUGUGCUACAUGUGGAAAAGGAUUUGGACAUAAAAAUAAUCUAAACAGGCACCAGAGAAUCCAUGCUGGAGAAGGUCCAUAG